AUGAGCAAUAGCUCAUUCGUUAGAACUAGAAGGAAAGGUGUCAACUAUGACACCACUUCUAGAAACUUAACACAAGAUAAAAAUAAAUUUGAUCCCAUUGGCAAUAAACUAAUUCUUAAAAAACAGAAUACAAAAAACAAAUUGAAAGAAUCCUCUGAUGAAGAAAAUGACGAUGCUAUAGCAUUGGGCAGUAAUUUAACCCUCCAAGUAAUUAUCUCAAAUAACAAAAUUACAGAAAAUGAACUUGAAUCAUAUGAACAAGUUAUUGACAUGGAAGAAGAAACAGACACGG